AUGGCUGCUCCGUGGAGUCAUGGAAAGCAGUGUGCUUUUAGCGAGGGGGAAGGGUUUCGUGGUGAGCUAACCUCCAGGAUCGGGGGUGAGCGCUUCAGCGCAGCGGAGGGGCUGGCUGUGCACGCGAGCUCCGCGAGGGGGAACGAGUUGGGGGGGAAGGCGGAGGGCGGAACUGUGCGCGGGGAAGGCGAACUGUGGGGGACGGGGAGGUCGGAGACGGAAUGGUUUGAGGGAGGGGGGAUGGAGGGUGAGAGAGUCAGAGUGCCUGCUGGCGAGAAUACCAUAGGAUCAUACGGGGCAUGUGCUACUGUUGCUGGUGGUGCUGCUGCUGCCGCUGCGGCAGUGCCUGAACCAAGAACAACAGCAGCAGCAUCAGCAGCCGCAGCAGGCGCAGCGGUACAAGCGCCAGCUCAGGCGGGAAAGGCGGAGCUUCUCCUGCUGGAGAACGCGUCGCUCUUGUCCCUCAUCGAGCAACAGCAGCAGUCGAUUGCGGCGCUGCGGCAGGCAGCGGCAAAGGCGGAGCGGGAGAAACGGUCGCUGUGUGACGAAGUGGGGAUACUGAGAGAGGCCCUAGACGCAUCCACUGAGCACGUGGAGCGGUUAGAGGAGCGAGUAGCCUGCAUGGGAGGCGAGGAGGAAGGCGGAGGGGAAGGGGAAGGGGAAGGGGGAGAAGGAGGGGAAGGGGAAAGGCAAGGGGAAAGGGUGGGGGAGGGGGAAGCAAUCAAUCCAUUCAACUUCCAGCCCCAUCGCCCGCCCCCUCCUCCUCUUAAGCGCCCGUCCCCCUCCCCGCUUGCCUUCUUAUCCCGGGAUACUCUCGUGCACCGUGAGUCUGGCAGCCACUUCAAAGCGUCACUGCUGCCGUUCCAAUGUGCUCCUGCUCCUGCUCCUACUCCUACUCCUCCUCCUGCCCCACAUCUCCCUUCUGCUGCUGCUGCCGGGGCAGAACCAUCCCGAGGAAUCCCUGGUUCAGUAGCAUGGGGCAAUCGUGUCAUGUAUGGCGCACCGCCAGCAGGACUCUCAACCAUAUUGCCAUCCUCACUUCCCUCAGCCACACCAAUCGCACCAGCCUCACAAAGGGCAUCAGCAGCAACAGCAGCACAUCGUUUGUCAUCUGCCAUGCCUAUUCCUUCCAGCCACAAUUCUGCCAAGCGUGAUGGCACUUGGUAUCAAAUAGAGCAGCCACAAAAGGCCAACACUUACAGCAGCCGUGUGCCUGGGUUCAGUAGCUUCAACUCCAGGGAGUUUGUCUCGGCCAUGUCUUCACGCCAAUCGGCAUCCAACAGCUACUCUGGCCCUGGCGGUUGGGAGUGUGCCAGGAGCCAGUAUGCAGAUGAAUCUCGUCUUGGUGGCGUGAAUCGGUUGGAAAGUGGUGGCGGAUUCGACCGCUUCCUUGGGUCUGCUGCUUCUGCUGCUGCCGCCUCUCUUCGUUCUCCUCCUGCCACUCGUCGUGGUGCUGUUGGUGGUGGUUACGGUCGAGGCUGGCAAGUGGAAGGUGGGGAAGGGAGUGGUAGCUUGGGCAGUGGGUUUGGGCCGAACCAGUUCACCUCCAUUGAUCUUCAACUGCUGCUAGUGCCAGUGUGUGACUUUUACUUCUACAACUUUAAGGGGGAAACGCCCGUGAUCACCAUCAAUGCCGUCGCCGUCGAGAAGGUCGCUUCCACUGCUCUCCGCCACGAGUCUGACAAGCCCGUGCAGACAGCAACCACCUCGGGACCCUUCUGCAAAGUCAUAGGGGGCGGUUCUUGCGAUAACUACUUCUUUUUCCGCGCUCGUGGAGCUAGUGACGCGUACACCAAGUUCGUGAACCGCAAUGACCGCCUGGGAAUCCGGCCUAUGCCCCGGGCCAAGAUCAACGAGCUCAACGGCAAGUGCAUCAAGCUGUACAUCGAAACCGCUAAGAUUAAGCUCGGCAAGGGCGUCAACGCGUCGGUAUGGCUGAACCCUAACGACAACAAUCCAGGCUACCCUCAGACUCAUCGUUGCGUCGUCUUCAAGGUUGCGGCUGGCAGUUAG